CGCCCACCUCCUCUUUCCCUAAAGCUCGGCAGUAUUUCUCUCUCCUCUCAAACCAAAGCCCUACAAACCUCCCCUUCUUCAUAGAGAGAGAAAGGAUUAAUUUCAUAGAGAGAAAAAGAUGUCUGAUGAAUUAAUCUCGGACAAUGGUACCAUCGAUACAGCCAAGGCCGAUCGCUCUGUGUGGUUGAUGAAGUGCCCACAACUCGUGGCUAAUGCAUGGCAGAAUCACCAUGAUCCUUCUCUCCCUCUCGCCAAGGUUGUUGUCUCUGUUGAUCCACUUCAACCUGAUUCUCCUGCUUCUCUCCAGUUUACGAUGGAUUUAGCUGCAACAGAUUCUACAAAUAUACCAAAGAGUUACUCUUUGAAUAUGUUUAAGGACUUUGUUCCUAUGUGUGUUUUUUCUGAGACGAAUCAAGGAAGGGUGUCAGUGGAAGGGAAGGUAGAACAUAAAUUUGACAUGAAGCCCAACAGUGAAAACAUGGAGCAGUAUGGCAAACUAUGCCGUGAGAGGACAAACAAAUCUAUGAUAAAAGUUAGACAAAUGCAGAUGAUUGAUGAUGAUCGGGGGGGCUUAAUGAGGCCUAUGCAUGGGAUGCUCGGUUUUGGAUCAAAUUCCAAGGAUAAGAAGAAAAUUUUACCAAUAAAGGGUCAAGAAAUGAAGAGAACUAGAAGAGAUCGUGGCGAACUCGAGGAUAUUAUGUUCAAGCUUUUUGAAAGACAACCAAACUGGGGUCUAAAGCAACUUAUCCAAGAGACAGAUCAACCUUCGCAAUUCUUGAAGGAAAUACUUAAUGAACUUUGCAUUUACAACAAGAGGGGACCUCAUCAAGGAACUUACGAGCUCAAGCCGGAAUAUAAGAAAUCAGCAGAAGAAGCAGAUGCAGAAUAGAACCCCAUCUUUUUAAUUGGACGUUCCAUGUGAAAGAACCCCCUUCUUGUGAAUAUUCUGUUUCUAAUUGACCCAAGUAGUUUCUAUAGUUGGAAAUCAAACAAGGAUAUAGGAAGAGUGGGAGUUGUGAAUCUGAUCACUCUACCCUCCUUAGGAGCUAUUAUGCUAGUUGGUUUUGGAUUUUGUCUUCUGACAUCGACCAUUGUCUUCGUGCAUUUCCUCCCCGGGAAAUUCGCUAAAGAGUUCAAAUGCAAAAUCUCUGUCUCUCUCAUACCUUGAAGCUCUGCUACCCGGUUAGGUUGGCAGCUACAUUAAUUUCUAUUAGCAAUAUUUUUUUGGGUGAGUUUUA